GACCACCUUCUCCUCCUCCUCCCCGGCGGCGCUGCUGCCGACACCAGCACCGCCCCGCCGCCGCUCCGCCCGGCUCCCGCUGAGCCCGAGUGGCAGGGCAAUCCACAUGAUUGCUUCUGUAACUACCGUGACGCCACCGGAACAAUUAGGGAGAAUGAGGAUGGACCCCAAGCCCGAGGCGCAGAAGUGUGCGGGGUGCGGGAAAGUAAUCAGUGAAAGGUACCUCCUCAAGGCCAUGGACCUCUUCUGGCACGAGGACUGCCUCAAGUGCGGCUGCUGCGACUGCCGGCUCGGGGAGGUCGGCUCCACCCUGUACACCAAGGCGAACCUCAUCCUGUGCAAGAGAGACUACCUCAGGCUUUUCGGGCACACGGGCCACUGCGCGGCGUGCACCAAGGUGAUCCCCGCCUUCGAGAUGGUGAUGAGGGCGAGGCACAACGUCUACCACCUGGAGUGCUUCGCCUGCCAGCAGUGCAGCCACAGGUUCUGCGUGGGCGACCGGUUCUACCUCUGCGAGAACAAGAUCCUCUGCGAGUACGACUACGAGGAGAGGCUGGUGUUCUCCCAGAUGGUCUACUCGCCGUCCACCGUGGCGCACCUCAAGAGGCAAACCUCGCACCUGCCGGUCAGCGCUCAGGAACAACCCGCGGCCCCCAACAACGGCAGCACCGCGCCGCCCCUCCUCAACGGGUCGCCGCCGAUGAACGGCGCGUCCCGGGCCAACCUGGCGCCCAGCAGCACCGGCGCCACCAACGGCGCGGCGGACGGGCAGCGCGGCGACCUCAACAACAACAUGGGCAUCGUGGGCGCGCAGAGCCCGCUGCCCUUCAAGAACCUGCCGCCCUUGUCCAUGGCCGGGAGCUGAACAAGGCGGCCGGACCGCCGCAGCAGAGCUGCUGAGAGCUGAGGUCGGGCUGGCGCAGGCUGGCGCAGUGGUCGCUGGCAGGCUGUCGAAGCUCCUAUCGGAGUACGCCAGGUCGCGGACCCCUCCGCUAGGCUGCCCGUGGGCCGAGCACCUGCUACCUGCUGGAGACAUUCGGACGCACUGGACUUGGGGAGUGCGAUAGGCUAGCCCCGUGCUUGCGUGCGGAUUUGUACAAAGAAAAGUAUUUAUAAUAUUUUACGCCACCUUAUCCUCACGUUAGAUAGCUCCAUUUCAAAUUAUUCGCCAGAGAUUUUGUUUUCUUCGGCAAACCCGAAGGCCUGUUGUUGAUUCUGUUGAUUGGUUAUGUUGAAGUGGGCGUCGUUGUUAUUGUGAUGUUUCCGGUUUCCUUGUGAAAUUUGGCUCAGCAUGUCAGCUUAUUAGUGUUUUGGAAUGGAAUGCAUGCGCCUUUGGUAUGGGCCGUGUCGACGUUAGUCGAGUCAAGUGGCAGUGUGGAAUAUAAAAACUAGUCGUUGGAACACUCAUCUUUUGUGACAUUUUUGUUGACAAACAGUUUUGUUUAUAAUGGUACAUUUUUGUGACGUGACAUUAAAGUUUACCGAAUAUCAACCCUGUUGAAGAACAACGUUUUACUAGUUACAGGACAAAAAUAUUUAUUAUUUUAUGAACUUUACUGUCACGUACAAACUGUUAUGUUGUACAAGUACAACAAAGUCUCUGAAAAACUUUACCUCGAAUAUGUCGUUAAUUUACAGUGAUCCUUUUUACAGUUCACCCAUGGACUGGCUACCCCCCCCAUUCUUUAGCUUGUGCUGGUUGCAUUUAGACCGGUGUGUAGUAUGUUCCUGAACCAAACCAAACAUUUCUGGUCAAAUCUACAUCAUAAUUUUCCAGGUCGACCCUACCAACAGAGGUUUGUCUCAAAAUGCAUGCUGUAUGCUGAAAAUUCACUCCAACAUGUUUUUGGUCCACGAUACAUCAAUUUUUCAUCACAAAUACGCCAUUGUAACGUGUGUUGACGAAUUUCUAUUGGUAGGGGAGGAAGAAGCUUUCUCGAUAAGUGUACAGAUGAAAAAACCUCGCUAAAGUAGGCACAAAUUCAAUGAACCUACAAUAAGAACUUUACAUGCUGUGUGCUAUCGGAUUUGUAACUUAAUUGUAUACGGCCCUUGAAAUUGUUAUUUGUUAAAACAUGAUUUCAGGUUUCUGUCUCACUAAUAAUUAAAAGUAAAGAACUAAUUUGAGGGCACUUCUUUGAUAUUGUUCAAGCACGUGGGAAACUACAUGGUACGUUUAUAUUUUUGAACUCUCAGUUUUUGGUAGCCAAAGUUAGCUUUGAAUUUAAAUUCCUUGAUUACUUUUGAGAGUCUUUCACUAUGUCCUCCAUACCAAAGAAAAUCUUUUUUGAUUGUGCCAUAAAAUGUGAUAUAAGUGAAAUAAAUGUCUAGUCUUCGGCACUACUAGGAGAGCUAAUAAAUUCACCUUGGUUUUGUUCUGCUGACUUAUUUUUUUAUGCUCAACGUAGAAAGCCAUUGGCUCUUGUUAUGGCCAAUUUGGUGGUACAUCUGUCAAUGUGCCUAUCCUUCAGUGUUUCUCUAAAAGAAAUGAUGAAAAUGACUGUGACAUGCUGUUAGAAUUAGGAAACGGUCUUUACCGAUGUUGUAUACUGAUUUUAUUAUUGUUUAUUCUGUAUAUACAGUAGAAUAAAGAACAAUGUGAUGUAAUAAG